ACAGUCAUAUAUAACAGGGAAAUUAAAUCGUCUUUUAAUGGCUCUUUCACCACUCGGCAUGCUUCUGGUCAUUGCCACCAUCUUACUCCCAUUCAAUAUUGUUGUGGCCAAGGAAUUUGUUGUUGGCGAUGAUCAUGGAUGGACAAUAGGCUUUGAUUACGCAGCUUGGGCUGCAGAUAAGACCUUCCAGGUUGGGGACCUACUUGUGUUCAAGUAUGCUGUUGGAAAACACAACGUGUUCAAAGUGAAUGGAACAGCAUUUCAGAGCUGCACGAUUCCUCCAGCAAGUGAGGCAUUGACCACUGGAAGUGAUCGUAUUGUGUUGGCAAUUCCUGGCAGAAAAUGGUACAUAUGUGGUGUUGUUGGUCACUGCAAUGCUGGCCAAAAGCUUGUUAUCACAGUUCAACCCCAAACACUGCCUCCAACUCCUGCCCCUGCACCUUCACCUUUUCAACAUCGCCCUCAUUUUGGUCGAUGGAUUCCUAAGAAGCUAUUUACAAUAUUCCAUUAAACUUUAUUGUUGCUUUAACCUAUGUUUGUUUUGAGAGUGUGGGAGUACUAGUGCAUUAAUUGGUUGGUCCUCGGGAUAAAUUAUUGUUUCUAUUUCAAAAUUCAUCAGGAUUUUUGUUGUUGUAUUUUAAAAUUCAAAUUGGGAGUUUGUGAUGUGCUUAUAAUAUGAUAAUAUAAGCACAAUCCACCUAUAUAUACCAUUUAAAUAAGAUAUUGGAAAUUUACA